GACGUAAGAGUCGUAGACCCUGAUGCCCUGCCCCACCAUCACAUUAGUGACCUCAGAGCUCCAACGCGCUCCAGUUUCGCGACAAGAUACAAUCCCCAGACCAACAUCCCCAAUGUUCGGCACGCUGCCUGAUUUCACACCUAGGGACUCACACUCUCUAUGGUAUACCUCGUCCAGGACGCCUCUAGCCUUGCCCGACGCUCCAUCCGACCAACCCAAUCCCAAUCAACACCACCAAUCGUCGCGGCAUCGCAGCCAAGCCCUGAUCGAACGAUCGCCGCUUCACCAGCUCGCACUCGAUGAACGCUACCAUGCGCGCCGACGACUCAAUGUCGCCAAUUUCGGCACCACAUGGAUGAAGCCGCCUGGCGUGCCCAAGACCCUCCAUCAGUUGCGUGAGGAGAAGCGCGAGCAAGAAGAACAUGCCGAGGCUAUGCGUCGGGAAGCACUCCAGCAGGAACUCGCGGCUGCAGAGGGAACGGAAGGGCCCGAAGGCGAGAUGGAUGACGUGCAGCUUGACGGCGCGGCGGAUCUCGAUGAUGAGGUUCCAGAGGCUGGCGAGGACUUCAUGAUGGACGAGGAUGACGAGGACGUGUCAGAGGAGGAGGCGUCCGACCAAAGCAGUGAACAGGGCGAGGAGGAAUAUCCCCCGCUGGACGAGGAAGCGCUCCGCGAAGAACGUCAAAACGACCUGAUUGCGGCCCGCAUGCGAAUGACCGACGAUGCCUACCGCGAAGCGCUGAUACGCGGCGAUCCCGAUGGUGACGAUAUGUACGGUGGUCAGGAGGAAGUGCAGGAAGACCUAGAAGGGCACAUGCUGGACGAAGAGGAUCUCGUCGGGGUGGACGCAGACGAUGAUGCGGACUUGGGCAUGGAUGCUGAUCUGGACGAUGACAUCCCCGAGGCAGAGCACAGCUUCGGUGGUUAUGAACACACAGACUCGGGGGCUGAGCUCAGCAGUAGUGAGAAUGAGCCACCCUCGGACGAUGCGGCCGAAGAGGAGCAACAAGAAGGGGAGGAGGAGGAUGUGGAAGUCGAGGAAGAUGACAGUGAUGACUUCGCACCGAGGACAGUCCGGAUGGCCGAACCACAGUCGCCGACGAUGCGGGGCCUGAGCACUCUUGGAGCGUCCCGGCUCAGUAUAGACAUCAGUGGAAUUUUAUCACAGGAUGAGAGCAGCUUCAUGGAUAGCAGCCCCGCACAAGCUCGACGCGCGCGGUAUGGCUGAUGCGGCAGCACUUGAAAUUUCGCGUCGCGGAGAGAACAUAGAUACCCCCAGGUUACAAGCAAGAUGAACGC